AUGUUUACUCCUAGUGUUCCUCCGUCAAGCUACCAGCUGCAGCAACGACCUAGUCCAGCCGGUAUGCCAUCAGGAUUUGAGAAUAUCCUUCACCAUUCUCCCGCUCCUACACCUCCGCCCCGACGGGCGUCGACUGCUUCAAGAUACCAUCUCUUUAUCAGACAACAGCCCAUAGCUGCGCGCGCCUGUGGAGCUGGUGAUAGGGACCGGCGACCUGUGGAUCCACCUCCUAUAGUUCAGAUGCUUUUAACGGACUUCGAUCCCAGCUCCGAGGAUGACAAAAACAUUCUUCAGGACAUCAGAUUUACCGUUGGCUGUCUGCUUUGUCCCGUGUCGGAAUCAUCGUGGUCGUCCUCUUUAGAUACGGAUAGAGAGGGGGCGAAUCGGAACGAAGGGGAUGCAUCAGGUCAAUUGACCCCUUUGCUGUCGGGAAAGGCAUUCGUGUCGCCAUUCCACGUCGAGGAAGAACCAGACCCGGAUACUGCUCCGCCACAUCCAUCUAGUGACGAAUACAUGACCGAUACGCGACCCAUUAGAGGAUCACAGUUCAGGAGUCCAUCGUCCGCAAAACCCCCAGCAUCCUUCUUCAUUUUUUCAGACUUGUCUGUCCGCACAGCUGGACUGUACAGACUUCAGUUUCGUCUUAUGAAUUGGGGCACAGUCGCGGAUACGGGCCAGUCCGUGCCUAUCCUUGCUGAGGCCUGGUCCGAGCCAUUCCGCGUUUACCCAGCCAAAGACUUCCCUGGGAUGCGGGACUCCUCGCUUCUAACCGAAAGGCUGAAGGAGCUUGGAUUCGUCGAGCUAAAGACACGAGGAAAAAACAAGGGAAAGGGACGCAGGGUGACGAAGGGCCAGCAGCAGGACUAA